ACACUCCCCCUGCCUCUACGAAAACAUUUUCGGGAAGAAUAAAGUUUUUUUUUUCCCUCGCACGGACCUGUGCCCAGUCAGUCUGAACUCAGAGCCAAACCGUGGCCUAGCAGGAAGAACGGCUCGACUAUGUGGAGAAAGAAACGGGCACUUGGGGAAUCCUUGGCUUGUCUCCUAUUUCUUGUGACGCUCGUCGAUGCUUAUCGAUUCCUGAGCCAGAACAGGGCCUCCCAGUUCCUGAGCAGGCACAGGAGAGCCAACUCUCUGUUUGAGGAGAGCAAGAAGGGCAACCUGGAGAGGGAGUGCAUCGAGGAGCUGUGCAACAAGGAGGAGGCCAGGGAGAUCUUUGAGAACCAGCCAGAGACGGAAUAUUUCUACCCCAAAUAUGUUGCGUGUCUGGGUUCACACCGUGUAGGCAUCAGUAACCAGAACUCGGAUUCUGUCAUCCCAUCGGAUCUUCGCUCGUGCGUGAGAGAGAUCAGUGACCAGUGCACGCCUCCUCCAUGCUACAAGGAGGGCACAGAGCGCUGUGUGGACGGCCAGGCCUCUUUCACGUGUGUGUGUAAACCCGGCUGGAAGGGGCUGCGCUGUGAGGACGACAUCGAUGAGUGUUCAGAUCCGGAAUUUCCUGCGGGAUGUAACCAAAAAUGUUACAACUUCCCCGGCGGUUUCCAAUGCAUGUGCGAAGAUGGCUACUUCAUCAAUGGCAAAAUCAACUGCAUGGAUAUCAAUGAAUGCCUACUGUACCCCAGUAUCUGUGAAGAGCCGGCUAAGUGUGUCAACACGCUGGGUCUGUAUGAGUGCAAGUGCCCCCUGGGUUUCAAAUAUAACUUCACUUCUAAGACCUGCAAUGAUGUAGAUGAGUGUGAGUUGAACCUGUGCGACGGGACUUGUAUAAACACAGUGGGCAGCUAUACAUGCCACUGCGAUGGUCGUCAGGGUCUUCAUUUGAGGGACAAUGAGCGAUACUGUGAGAGAAUCCCUAUCUGUGUGGACCUGCAAGACUCCAAACACCCUGCGUUACUUUACCUGGGGGAGCAGUUUGCAGGCCUUCCUGUCAUCUUUCUGCGCUUCCGGCUGCCGGAGAACACAAAGUUUGCAGCAGAGUUUGACCUUCGUACAUUUGACCCAGAGGGAGUUGUGCUGUACGCAGAGUCCUCCCAGGACUCGUGGUUCAUGUUGGGGCUAAGAGAUGGUCGCAUUGAAGUCCAGUUCAAAAACCAGCACUCAUUCAAGGCCACCAGCGGAGGAAAAGCCAUUAAUGAUGGACAGUGGCAUGUGAUCUCUGUGGAUGAACUGGAGAGCAGCAUCAGUGUGAAGAUCAGCAAGGAAGCUGUGAUGAGCAUCAACAGCCCUGAGAGUCUCUUUACUUCAGUUAAUGGCAAACUGGAGACCAAGGUCUACAUCGCUGGUCUGCCUAACCGCACUGACAACCUCAUCAAACCUAUCAACCCUCGACUUGACGGCUGCAUCCGGGCCUGGAACUUGAUGAACCAGGGGGCAUCUGGAGUAAAGGAGGUCAUCCAGGAGAAGAAGAGUAAACAUUGCUUUGUGCAUGUGGAACGAGGAUCGUUCUUUUCUGGGGCAGGACUGGCACAAUUCAACAUUGACUACAGUGAUUUUGGGAGCUGGAAUGUGGAUAUCAAGAUGAAUAUCCGUCCAUCCAGCAGCACAGGUGUUCUCUUUGCUCUUGUCUACGACAACACAGUCCCCCUGUCGGUCGCUGUGGUAACACAGGGAAAAGACGAUGCUAACCUGCAGGUGUUCUUGUACGGCACCUCCGUGGCGACACUGAACACAGUCAUGUUGUGCUACCCCGACCGGCUAACAGUGCAGCUGAAUGUGACUCCCACAGAAAUCCAGAUCUCAGCCAACUCCUCCUCUGUUACCUACAUGAAGCCUGAUGCUCUGCGGGAGGCACUGCUGCGCCUCAACACCACCAUGCAGAACCCCGUCAGUACAUAUAUUGGUGGGAUACCAGAUGAUGUCCCGUUUCCUGCCACCCCCGUGACGGCCUUUUACUACGGCUGCAUGGACAUCACCAUCAACGGCCAGCAGCUGGACUUUGAUGAGGCUCUCAGCAAACACAACAGCAUUAAGUCCCAUUCCUGUCCUCCUGUGUCUUCCCUUGACAGUCACCCUGAUGCACAGAAAGUGACCUUAAUUAACUAGCGGAUCACUUUAAAAAGCCCUCACCUUAGGAUGCAUCCCACAGCGGCCACUUCUUGGGAUAUUUUGGAAAGAGAGAUAGAGAAGAGGAUAUGGGAGGGAGGGAGGGAGGAGAUGAGAAAGGAGUGACAAGAAGAAGAGAUGGAGGUAGACGUUUAUAGUCAUUUUUGUCGACUUUCUCUGAUGGUUUAUUUUAAGCGCUGUCCUGCGGUUUUCAUCCGUACAGUUUUAUUGUUCCUGUUGUGGGAGCUUUUUUUUUUUUUUUGCUGUUCUUGUUGUUUAUUAAGCUAGUCUGAAACUGGAUGAUGUAGUUGUAGCAAUUUGUUGAAAUGAAUUAAAUGGUUUUCAAGAAA